CUCUCUCGCGGCCAUGGAGAAUCCGCACGAGGAGCGCCAGUCGCUGCUGCUCGAGCGCAUCAUCAAGAACGUCGACCUGCUCAACGACGCGCUCCUCGAGCUCGACCGCAGCGUCGCCGAGAUCAACGCGCACAACCAGGACAUCACCAUUGCCGCCGAGCUGUGGGAGGGCUACCGCCGCAACGUCGCCUUCAACCUCACCAACAUGGACGAGGCCGCGGCCGCCGAGGCGCACGAGGCCGCCGCAGCGGCGCAGCAGGCCUGACUGAGCGCCCGGCUCCGCGUGCAGCAGGAGGCCGAUGGCCAGCGUGCCUCUCUCGCCCCCAAGCUCGUAUACCCUGGCCGCGCGCAUCGGGCCUACUGUAUCAUAAGGAGUUCGGCCCGCUCACCCCGCUCGCCCAGCGAUGCGGGUCUGUUGCAUCAGUGCCCCCGUGCAUGCCGUCGUGCGGCCCGGGCAGCGAGGAGCAGCGCACGAUUGAUAUGUUACAAGAUGCCGCGGG